CCUUUGUGUUGGAGCUGCGAUGUCUUGAGGAUGGGGGCCCAGGGCCAGACACCCUCUCAGCAGGCACACACUACUUCAGGUGACAUCUAACUACACGCUCAAUAAAAUGCUUCUGUGGAAACUGCUGCCCCAGGAAGUCAGAGUGACCACGUGACCAAGCUAGAGAGGCGGAGACUCACACAGAGGUGAGGUCUGUCCCUGCAGAGAAGCAGAGCAGAGGAGAGGGCGCGGUGGUGAGCCUGCCGUGGGGAGACGGUCCCACAGCCGUGUUCAUCCGCCACCCAGCACCCCAGCUGCCCUGGAGGAUGCGCUCCCGGGGGGCUCGGGAGGUGGCUCCGCCGGGAAGGCGCUUGCCCCACAGGCCUGAGGACGGGAUCUGGAACCCCAGUGCCUCUAUGGGCGGCACAGGCCGGGAGUCCUCGGGAGCCCCAGGGCCAGCUCGCCUGGCUGUCCUGUGCAGUGACAGACAAGAGACCCUGCCUCAAAGUGGAAGGUCAGGUCCAAAGCUCAAGGCUGUCCCCGACCUCUACAGGUGUGCUUCGGCACAUACGUUCCCAUAAGCACACACUCGAACACACAUGCACAUACGCACAAGAUACUCAGAUUUUUCUAAAAAAGCAUCCAACAAAGGCGAUGAGAAAGGGUUUGUUCUUUCUAAAAUAUAAUUACACGCAACUGUUUUGGUUUUUUUUUUGCAUGUGGUAUGUGGCUGUGCAUGUGUGCAUUCAUGUAUCUUGUCAGUGUUUGGUGCUCACGUGUGUGGGUAUGUGUGGGUGUCCAGGUUGGUGUCAUGAAUCAUCCUUGGUCAUUCUUCCGCCUUCUUCAAUGGGACAGGGUCUCUGAAUUGAACCCAAAGCUCGCCUAUAUGGCGAGCAUUUCCGGCCGCCUUCCUCCAGGGACCCCCUCUCCUCUCUCCACCCUCUGGAGUUACAGGUAUGCUGCUGUGCCUGGCUUUUUAGUUAACUUUGGAACUGCAGACUCCCUGCCUGCCCCCGGCUUCCUUUCUGCUUCAGUGCUUUCUAGAAACAGCUUGCUGUAUCCUUACAGAAAUGGCUCAUUCACAGACAAGGCAAAUUUCACUUAAAGUGUGAGCAUCGGCAGGCGGUAGUGGCACACACCUUUAAUCCCAGCACUUGGUAAGCGGAAGCACUCAGAUUCUCUGUGAGUUCAAAGCCAGCCUGGUCUACAGAGCUAGUUCCAGGACAGCCAGGACUACCCAGAGAAACCCUGUCUUGAAAAACAAGAUAGAUGAUAGAUAGAUAGAUAGAUAGAUAGAUAGAUAGAUAGAUAGAUAGAUAGAAAGAAAAGAAAAGAGAAAAGAAAAGAAAAGAAAAGAAAAAAGAAUGUGGCCAUAGUGAGGUCAGAGUUCAGCUUGAAAUAGCCGUUUUUCCCUGUAUGGGGAGAAAGUGCUAGAGACCUCUCAGGAAUUGGUGUCAGGAGCCCUAAGCUCCCCUGUUGCAAUCAAAACCAAGAGCUACCCAUGGGGCUUGUGUGGAGGGGGCUCAGAGGGGGUCUGAAUGAGAUCGUCAGGGGGACCCUGGGAAUGUCUGUUCUGUCACCGUAGCCCCCUGAUCCCACAUUUUGGGGUCCCUGCUCAGAGCCCCUUAGUGUACCAGAGUACAUUCUUUUUUUGGGGGGGGUCUGGUCCAGAUAGCUGCCUGUCAUUUCUUCUCUCCUGGCUUCCUGCCAUUUCCACUACAGGUGGCAGUGGUGGGAGUGAGAGCCAGGAGGAAGAGGAGGUUCAGAAGCGGAACGGCCAUCCGCAGCCCCCAGCACUUGCAGCCCCAGUCGGCGCUGGCAACAGUGCUGAGGCGGAGCAGCUGGAGCCACAGGACUUGCGACUGCGAAAGUCAGAGCCACAGCCGCAGCUCAAGCAGCGGCAAGAGCAUCAGCAUCAACAGUUAGGAUCUCAGCCAGAGCCGCCCCAGCAGCAGCAGCAAGAUGGACGGCAGCGGCUGUCUCCGCUGCAGCAAGAACUGCAGGGAAACCCCCAGUCCACGCAGCCUCAUAAACCAAAACCACAGCUGCACGUGGGGCAGCAGCCGGGACCUGGACAGGAGCAACAAGGCCAAGGGCCACAACUGCUGCAGCAACAGUUGAUGAUGCAGCCCCAAGGCCAAGAGCAACAGCUGUUACAACAGCAGCAACAAAUGCAACAUCAGCUACCGCAGCAGCAAGUGGAAGAACAGGUGUUGCUGCAGCAGCUGCCGUCACAGCAGCCAAUGCAAGAGCAACAGCAGCUGCAGCAACAGCAGCUGCAGCAGCAGCAUCUCCAACUGCUGCUGCAGCAGUUCCAGCAGCAUGUGCAAGACCAAGCAUUGCAGCAGCAGUUCCAGCAGCUGCAAGAGCAACAGCUGUGGCAGCAGCAGCAGCUACAGCAGCAGCAGCUGCUACUUCAACAACAGCAGCAGCAGCUGCUCCAACAACAGCAACUGUUGCAGCAGCAGGGACAGUUGCAACAGCAACCGUUGCAGCAGCAGGUGUUGCUGCUGCAGCCACAGAUACAGAUGCAGCAGCAGCUACUGCUGCAGCAGCAACAGGCCCAGCUGCAGCAGCUGUUGGAGCACCAACAGGCCCAGUUACAGCAGCACCUAUUGCUGCAGCAGCAAGAACGGUUGCUGCAGCAGCAGUUGUUGCAGCAGCAGGAGGAACAGCUGCAGCAGCAGCAGCUGCAGCUUCCUCCCCUGGAGCCAGAGGAGGAGGAGGAGGUGGAGCUGGAGCUCAUGCCCGUGGACGUGGGCUCUGAGCAGGAGCUGGAGCAACAGCGGCAGGAGCUGGAGAGGCUGCAGGAACAGCGGCAGCUGCAGCUAAAACUGCAGGAACAGCUGCAUCAGCUGGAGCAGCACCUGGAGCAGCAGCAGCGGCUGGAGGAGCUGCAGCGGGAGCAACAGGAGGUGCAGCUGGAGCUGACCCCGGUGGAGCCGGAGUUGCAGCUGGAGCUGGUGCCCGCUCCGGGAGGCGGCGCAGCGCCGGCUCCGGCCACCGUCGUGGUGGCCCCUCCGGGUUACGUGGUGCUGCAGGAGCUCACGGUGCUGCCCGCUGUGGCCACCUCCGCCGUGGUGGCCAUCCCGGGCCCCGCGGGGAGCGCGGCCCUGACGCCCGCCCGGCAGCGGAGGAAGCGGCGGGCGCGGGACAGGCCGACCAUCUGCGGGGAGUGUGGCAAGGGCUUCAGCCGCAGCACGGACCUGGUGCGCCACCAGGCCACGCACACCGGGGAGAGGCCGUUCCUCUGCAGCGAGUGCGGGAAGGGCUUCUCGCAGCACUCCAACCUCGUCACGCACCAGCGCAUCCACACGGGCGAGAAGCCCUACGCCUGCGCCCACUGCGCCAAGCGCUUCAGCGAGAGCUCGGCGCUCGUGCAGCACCGGCGCACGCACACCGGGGAGCGCCCCUACGCCUGCGGCGACUGCGGCAAGCGCUUCAGCGUCUCCUCCAACCUGCUGCGCCACCGCCGCACCCACUCCGGCGAGCGGCCCUACGUGUGCGAGGACUGCGGCGAGCGCUUCCGGCACAAGGUGCAGAUCCGCAGGCACGAGCGCCAGCUGCACGGGGCGGGGCGCGCCCGCGGCCUGGGCCUCCUGCGCGCCUCCAGGCCCGCGCCCUCGGGAGCUUCCGCGCGGGCCCAGCCCACCUCCACCUCCGGCAGGCCCUGAGCGGCCCGAGCGCCCGCACGCUCCGUCACGGGCCUCGCUUCGGCCCGGGGUCAUGGCCUUCACCCGAGUUUGGGGGCUUUCCGAGGAUCUUGAAGUCUCCUUGGGGAAAGAAGACUUCCGUGUUUCCCCAGACCCCCCUCCCCCGGCACCGAGUUCACAGAUUCACUCUCCCCCCAGAAGCCAUGCACAAGAGACCAUCCCCACGUGCGUGAGAGACUGCCCAAUUUCGUCCCUCCCUGGGAAAACUGGACUGAGAACUCGCCUGGUGGCAAACGGCUGGCGUGAGGUUUGAGCCAAGCAAACCCUAUCGAGCCGAUGGAAUGAGCAGCGAUGGAAUGAGCAGCGUGCGGGGAGCUGGGAGAUACUGGAUACUUAAGGAGGGACUGCAAAGCGGGGAGGCGAGGAUGUAGCUCAGCCAUAGGGGGCUCACCCAGCACAAAGCCCUGGGUUUCAGCUCCAGCAGCACCUAAACUGGCUGUGUUGGCACCUGUAAUCCCAACACUUGGGAGGCGGAGGCAGGAGGAUCAGAGGUUCAGGGUCAUCUUCGGCCACAGUGAGUUGGGAAAGAGGGAGAACUGGCCUUCACAAUACAGCGAACGUGGACAAGGCAAUGAAUUGUAAGGGACGUAGACCAUGAGAGUAUUUGUCAGGAUGAAAGGCAGAAGGGUGGACACAGUUCUGCUGCAAACGCCUGUAUUCACAGACACGGUCACAGUGGCAAGCAGGUUAACGUGCAGAUAAAAGCCAGGAAGCCCUGCCCUGGGUAGGCGGUCAGGCCUUCUUUCCCUGGGAUUCCAGACGACAGGCUCUAGAGGCAGGUUCUGGGCUUCUGUGGCAGUGCCCCCACCAACCCCCGAGCCAGCUGUCCCUCCUGACUGUCCCUGAUAGAGGAGCUCAUGGCCGAUGCAGAGAUUUCCAGGAAGAGCCUGGAGAAAACUUCCGGGUAGCCCCCACCUCUCCUAAGCUGCCCAGAGGCUGCUCAGGCGGCCUGCGCUGUUUGACCCAGGAUGGCAGGCUCCAGGGCCAGGCUAUGGGGACAGCUGGCCAAAGGUGCCCUGCCUCCUAGAUGGGCGGGCAUGCGGGAAGAAGGUGGGGACAAGGCCUGAGGGUUAUCAGAAAGGCUGCAAACCACGUUUACCAACUCAUGCAGGCAGGGACAGGGUGGGGACCCUCGGAGUGACCAAGGUUGGGAAAGUGUGCAGGCGGGAGGGGCCCCUCCCCGGCCCCCAGCCACACUUCCUGCCCCACCUGACCUCGAUGCCCAAGGUGGCUGCUUGGUCCCUGCGUUUCCUCUGCUCUCCCUACUUCUCUAGCCAAGUUUUACACAUGAUGGCAAGUGAGAAACAGACCGUGGAGAUUAAAGCGAAGAAUCCUGCGUGUCCUGUCUGUGGCUGGAACUUGGCAUUUCAUGUCUUGCCCAGAACUGCUCUCCUGUGUUUGAAACAGUCUGGCAUAGGCCCAGGCUGGUCUCACAUUCACUCUGUAACAGGAUCAACUGAACCUAGCUUCUGAUUCUCCUCCGGAGUGCUGGGCUUACACCUGUGCACCUCUGUGCUCCGUACAUGCAGGGCCGGGGAUGGCACACGGGGCGUGUGCAUGCCAGGCAAGCACUGCACCAACUGAGCUGCAUCCACAGCCCCAAUUAUGGAUUCCCCUUUUAUGAGAUUUUUUUAAAAUGUGGCUCAAGUCAUCCUUGACCUUGGAGUAAUUCUGCCCCAGCCUCUUGAGCGCUCAGAUUACAGGCAUGAGCCACCACACACCCGUGAGUGAGCGAGUGUUGGUGGAAGGAUGUGUGCACCACACCGCACAGAGGAUGAUUUUAUGGAGUUAAUUUUGGAUGCAGGAAGCCAGGCUUGUGUGCCAGGAGGCUCCACCUGUUGCGCCAUCUCGCCAGCCCCACCCAACCACCUUAUUUUCUGAGACAGGGUCUCUCGCUGAAUGAACUUCGAGUAGGUCCAUUGGCUAGACUGGCUGGCGAGUGAGCUCAAGGGGCCACUGUCUCUGCACCAUCUCCUCCCCGCCCCCCGUUGGGACAUUAGAGAUAUGCUCUACCACACCUUCCUUCUGUGUGGGUGCUGGGCCUCUAAACUGGGGUCCUCGAGUUUGCUCAAGCCCUUUUCGGACUGAGCCGUUGCCCUAGCUCAGAAGAAACCUUUCCAAGGGUGAAAAUGUGUGGUCUGAGCCAGUGGCUUUCGACCUUCCUCAUGCCUCGACCUUCUCAAUACAGUUCCUCAAGGCGUGGUGACCCCCAACCAUAACAUUAUUUCUGUCUCUACGUCACAGCUGUACUUUUGCCAUGGUUAUGGACUGUAAUGUGAAUAUCUGAUAUGCAGGAUAUCUAAUAUGCAACCCGUGUGACGGGGUUGUUUGACCCCUGGAGGGGUCACGACCCAAAGGCUGAGAAACCCU